CCUCCGGCCACCGGCGUAUCUCCGGCGAAAUGCAUCCACCGGCGGCGAUCUCUCUCCUCUUCCUCCUCCUCUUAACCAUCACCACCACCACCAAUGGUCACAACAUCACCCGUAUCCUCCAAAAGAACCCAGAAUUCUCAACCUUCAACCACUAUCUAACCCUAACCCACCUCGCCGGAGAGAUCAACCGUCGGCAAACCAUCACUGUCUGUGCCGUCGACAAUGCCGCCAUGUCCGACUUAACCGCGAAAGGCCUCUCACUCGAAACCAUCAAAAAUGUCCUCUCACUUCACGUCUUUGCAGACUAUUAUGGCGCCAAAAAGCUCCACGAGAUCACCAAAGGCUCCACCUCCACCGCCACCAUGUACCAAGCCACCGGCGAAGCCCCUGGCACCACCGGAUUCGUUCACAUCACCGACGCUAAAGGUGGUAAAGUUCGGUUCACCCCUGAAGAUAAUCCCUCUCAAACCGACGUCGUUUUUGUGAAAUCGGUUCUUGAAAUGCCCUACAACAUUUCUGUCAUCCAGAUCAGCCAGGGUAAUUUUGAUCUUGUAUGGUGA